AUGGCGAUGGCGCUAAGAGUGCCAGAGCGCGCCAGUCCCGUGCCUAGGGAGUUUCUUGUUGUGCCUUGGAGCACUUGGAGUGCAGUCAUCAACCUCACGUCCAGGGCCGGGGAGCUAAGAAGCGCACCCAGCGGGCCGGAUGGUCGAUAUCGGGUUGCGGGCAAGAGAGCCCUAGCCCUGGGGGCAGCGGCCACGGUGGCCGACCCAGGGCUCCUACGCGGCUACAGCCGCGCGCGACCGCUGCCGCUGGCACCGGCCGCGAGGACUCUGGCCUCGGCAUGCGCGCCACCGGCCGAGCUCGGCUGGAAGGGGGCCUAUGUGCGCUUUGGCAACACGGAGACCGGGCUGCUCAAGUUGGUCAAAGGGCGCGGCAAGUGGUCUCCGUCGGAAGCGACGGCAGCGGCGGAUUGCGAUCUACGUUUGUUUGAUUUUGAGGCUUUCGGAGGCUUCGGAAAGGAGGUUCGCAGCACCCUGAGGGAGGCGGCGAACCAGCUGAGCAACAAACUUUCGCACGCUCAGCACCUGGACGAGGUCACAUGGACCACCAAGAACUGGCACGGGCUGCAGAUGCAGCGCUUGUCUGUCGUCCUCCACACCGCCGUGGCGUGGCAGACGGUGAACGAGCUAGCGUGCGGGGAGAGCGGCAUUGUGCAUGGUGCGGAGUGCAUUGCCGUUCUUAACGGAGUCGCUUAG